AUGGACUCCCAGGUGUUGCAGAUUAAUGCCGGCUCCGGGGGAUUGGUGAAGGGUGCUCGAACAGGCAAUUGGUCGGUCUUUGAUGCAAAUCGCGAGACGACACCAGCCCACCACCUCUCUCUCUUGUCUCUGCGCUGUCAGUGGGAGAGAGAGAGGGAUUCCGAGCGCGGCCAUACUCCGUACUUCGGGCCAUCUCCCCUCGACGGGCAUGCUGGCCGGUUCCUCGUCCCACCGGAUGACAUCAGGCUUCCUCCUCCACGAGAGUUGCCCUUGUCAUUGCUUGCUCGCGCCGGCGCUUCUCGAAACGCCAGCCUCACCGCUGGUCAUUCGAUCGAAUCAGCCUCCGCUCGCGUCCCCCCGAAACAGGACCCACCGCAGAACCACCACAUCGCCCUUCGUCUCGCCGACACGCUUGCCACUCCUUUCUUCAGCAGGCUAUUAAUACUCAUUGCCAUACUAUCGGUGUCAUCAGCGCGGAUCCGCGUGGAAGUUAUCGAACUGCAGAGUGGUACUUGGGUUCGACCACCGCCCCCCCCCGUUCCAAUCAUCUCCGUUGGAUCUGGACACUAA